AUGCCUCGUCGUUCUCUCCGACAAUCCGCCGGCUCCGCCCACCCAGGUGCCUCCAAGAGGCCCAGCUCCCCGCAGUCCACGCCGAAUCGGCAGUCCAAGCGGACCAGGGUCUCUGCACGCUCUAAAGCUACGCCCACCAAGAGUCAGUAUUUUGAGCAGGAGCCAGACGAGGCCCCGGGGCGCGACCAGCCCGAGCCCGACGAUUCGCCCGCAGAGGACGAGUCUGGCUACGAGGACGAGGACGGGGACGCCGGUGACACCAGCUCCGGCACGCAUUCCGAAGAUGCUGAGGACGAUGAAUAUUCCUCCGAUGAACGCCCCGCCCCCAAGAAGAGGGGUCGCCCGCAGAAGCCAGCCCGGGAGACACAAGUAGCGGCGGCGCGGGGCAAGAAGGGCAAAGAGUUGUGGAGGACGGGCGUCGACACUGGUCUAGAACCAGGCACAAAGCUGAUCAUCAAAAAGCCGAAGCCCAGAGACGCUGGUGAUACGCCGUAUACAGAUGACACGAUACAUCCGAAUACAAUGCUGUUCUUGAAAGACCUGUCCAGCAACAAUGACCGCGAAUGGCUGAAGAUGCACGACCCGGACUACCGCACAUCCUUGAAGGACUUCAACUCAUUCGUCGAGCGGCUGACGGAGAAAGUCAUCGAGGCAGACGACACCAUCCCUGAGCUGCCCACUAAAGACAUUGUCUUCCGAAUUUACAGAGAUAUCAGAUUUAGCUCUGACCCAACGCCGUACAAGACGCACUUUGCCGCCGCCUGGUCCCGAACUGGCCGAAAAGGGCCGUAUGCAGCAUACUAUGUGCAUAUCGAGCCGAACGCCAAUUUCGUAGGUGGCGGCCUUUGGAUGCCCGCAGCGGACGGCCUCCAAAAGCUGAGGCGCGACAUCGAUCGCAAGCCCCACAAGAUCAAGCGUGUCUUGACCGAUGCGGGUAUCCGAAAAGAAUUCUUCGAUGGAAUUCCGAACGAUGAGAAGAAGGCGGUGCGAGCCUUUACGAAGAAGAAUGCUGAGAGUGCACUCAAGGUCAGGCCUCAAGGAUACGAGAAAGACCAUCGAGACAUCGAACUGCUGCGGCUGCGCAGCUUCACGAUUGGCAAGAAGCUGGACGACAGCGCGGUGAUGGGAGCAGGAGGACUGCAGCGGAUUGCUGACUUGAUCUCAUGCAUGGUGCCAUUUAUCACGUACCUCAACAGCGUAGUCAUGCCGGACGCGCCGUCGAGCGACGAGGCCGAGGGCGACGAGUCCGCCGAAGAAGGGGCGGCCGCGUGA